CCCUUCCUUCAACACUGAUCGCCACUGGAGGUCGAGUGUCUUGCUGAUAAAAUUGCCGUUAUAUUAAUUUGAUGACCGUUUGUUUGUAAAACUGUCAACAUCGGCCAUCUUUGAUUGCGCUAAUUUGUACGUACGUUUUUAUUUUUUUGAAUAAAAGCAUUUGUAUAAUAAUUUUUUUUAAAACAGCUCCUCUCUCGAUGCCUCGACCGCACACACACACACACACACACUGCAGGAUAUCUCCAGCCAGGGGUGGAUUAGCCAUUAAGCAGACUAAGCACGUGCUUAGGGCACCAGGGCCAAAGGGGGCACCACAAAGUUGGGAAAAGGGUGAAAAGAAAAAAAAACGAAUGAAGAUUUGUAAAAAAUUCCGUAUCUCCACUUUUUAUGUAAUUGUUGAAAAGUUAGAAACGGAAAUGAGGAGACGAAAGGUGUCACUGAAAUAGCAGACAGAUUCUCUUGUCUGGCAGAUGUUCCUAAUGCCACCCAACAAGGUGCUAAUUCCCAAUUAUCAGAAAGUGAAAGGUACUCAAAGACUUGUCAGACACUCAUUGAUGUUUAUCCAGAUGACAUGAACAACACUUUGUCUACAGAGCUUCAGCAGUUCCAUUCAUAUGUUCUUCAUAAGUUUAAAACAACCAAGAAAACAUCUUUCACUCACAUGGAACUUUACAACACAAUUACAGAAGACAAACUAGAGAGUGCCUUUCCAAAUGUUGAAAUUGCCUUAAGAAUAUUUUUAACAUUAAUGGUCACCAACUGCACAACAGAGAGGUCUUUCUCACAACUGAAACGUAUAAAAAACCCAAAUAGAUCAGUUAUGCUUCAAGAAAGACUCGACUCACUGUGUAUAUUAACAAUUCAAGCAGACGUUCUGAGAAGUAUUAAUUUCGAGGAUGUUAUCAGUGAUUUUGCGAAAAUGAAAUGUAGAAAAAUGCCUUUCAGGUCAUGAAUAUUGGAACUUUGAUACAUUUAACUUGUGAAAUAUUAAAAUAGAUGUUGUAUUGCAUUUUUGUAGAACUUUAUGUAGCCCAAGCUUGGCUUAGUUUGUACAGUGUAUUGUGUUAUCAUAUGAAUACAUUUUUGUACUGCUGCAACCUGCAUUGUAUAUCUGGUCAGAUAGGUCAACGACUAAAAUGGACUGGGUCAGUGUGGAAAGGAGGGGGGCACCAAGAUUGGUCAGUGCUUAGGGCACCAGUGAGCCUUAAUCCGCCCCUGUCUCCAGCAGUUGGCUUCUUCCACUGAGGAGCUGGAAUGAGCCUGGGGCCAGGGUGGGGACACAUUCUGUCGACUGUCAAAGGAUGAUCACCUGACCGCAAACCAGGAAUGCUCUCUCCAGAUUUUAGCGGAUCAGAGGACAGAACAACAGGAAGAAGGCGGGAGGAAAAUGGAGUAGGGAGUGUUGGAAUAAUUUUCACAAUACGAGACGGAGCAAGAUGGAGGCGGAGCGGAGGCUACGCCCGUGGGGCGCGGCGUCGAGAUUGCGCCUGGUGGUGCGCCCGGGGCGCGGCAGACGCCCGUCCAAGGUGGCUCCCCUCCAGCGUCCCGCCAAGAAGAAGCCUGCGGGUGGCAAGAGGCGGAGGCGGGGCCGCGUGGGGUGGCACGUGUCGGACACAACGCUCGUGUGCGCCCUCUACCUCCUCUGCGGGGUGGUGGCCUUCCAAGUGUACCAGGACGAGAGCGUGGAGCAGAACCUCCUGACCUACGACAUCGCCCACCUCGAGAAGACCCUUCACCAGGAGCUGGUGGGACAGACUUUGGCCAUCAACAGGUUGACCAAGCUACUGAGACGUUAUUUGGCCAUGUACGUCCACUCCAAGCCCCUGGUCCUUUCCGUCAAUGGUCCCACGGGGGUAGGCAAGACCUACAUGGGAAGGCUGAUCGCCAAGCACUUCAGGUCCGCCCUAGAUCCUCAACUGGUCCUCCAGUGCUCACUCAAGCACCAAUCCUUGUUGGAUCUCAGCACCCUGGUGUCAGAUACUCUCUCCCAGGCUCAGCUGUCCCACCAGAUCCCGGUGGUCCUCCUAGACCAUGUCGAACAUGCCUCGCCCGAGAUCCUGGACUUGUUGGGGAGCCUGUUGGCUUCCACUGACCCCACCGGAGCCGUCUACAUCCUCCUUAGCAACGUUGGCCGGGAGGUCAUCUCCCGCUCCACCCUCCGCCCCUCGGUGCACAGAGAGACCACCCGGGCACGGAGGGUCAGCGAGAAGCUGGCACGACUGACCGCCAGGCGGCACCCGGUCUGGAGGGAGGUGGACUUCAUCCCCCUCUUCCCCUUGGACCGGCCACACGUGGCGCAGUGCGCCCGGCUGCUGAUGGAUCGCAGGGGCUUCUACCCUCGGGACCCCCGGGCAGAGACCAUGGCGGACGGCCUGAGCUACUACAAGGCCAGGCAUCGCCUCUACGCCCAGCAGGGCUGCAAGCCAAUCCCAUCACUGGUCAGGCAGCUGAAGGGGAGCAGGGAUCAGCUGGGGCAUGAUGCAGCCAGGAACACCAUGGAGAUGGCCAGGACAUCCUGGGAUGCUGCCCCAGCCCAUCAUUGGUCAGGCACCCCACAAGGGGAACAAUAAUCACCUUAGAGAAGAUGUUCGUAGGUUCCUAGGGUAGAAUUAGGCCAUUCGGCCCAUCGACUCUACUCCGUCAUUCAAUCAUGGCUGAUCUCAUGACCAGUCCAGGACAAGGGGUCACACAGUUUAAGGAUAAGGGGGAAAUCCUCAAUGAGAUCCCCUCUCAUCCUUCUAAAUUCCAGAGUGGACAAGCCCAGCCGCUCCAUUCUGAAAAGGGGUUGGACAGGCUAGAUACAGGAAGAUUGUUCCCGAUGUUGGGGAAGUCCAGAACAAGGGGUCACAGUUUAAGGAUAAGGGGGAAAUCCUUUAGGACCGAGAUGAGAAAAAAAAUUUUCACACAGAGAGUGGUGAAUCUGUGGAAUUCUCUGCCACAGAAGGUAGUUGAGGCCGGUUCAUUGGCUAUAUUUAAGAGGGAGUUAGAUGUGGCCCUUGUGGCUAAAGGGAUCAGGGGGUAUGGAUAGAAGGCAGGUACAGGAUACUGAGUUGGAUGAUCAGCCAUGAUCAUAUUGAAUGGCGGUGCAGGCUCGAAGGGCCGAAUGGCCUCUACUCCUGCACCUAUAUUCUAUGUUUCUAUGUUUCUAUGUCAGAGUACAAGGAGAAUGAGGAAUAUUUCCCGUGUUUCCACCGACUCUUACGAUCUUCUACAAAGGGCGAUCACGGUGGCGCAGCGGUAGAGUUGCUGCCUUACAGCGAAUGCAGCGCUGGAGACCCGGGUUCCAUCCAGACUACGGGCGCUGUCUGUACGGAGUUUGCACGUUCUCCCCGUGACCUGAGUGGGUUUUCUCCGAGAUCUUUUCGGUUUCCUCCCACACUCCAAAGACGUGCAGGUUUGCAGGUUAAUUUGCCUGGCAUAAAUGUAAAUAGUCCCCAGGGUGCUUGUAAGAUACUGUUAAUGUGCGGGGAUCGCUGGUCAGUGCGGACUCGGUGGGCCGAAGGGCCUGUUUCCGCGCUGUAAUCUCUAAACUGAACUAAACCAAACUCUUCCCUUCCCUCUCGUACCACCCCCUCCCCGGGCACUUUCCCUUGCAACCGCAAGAGAUGCAACACUUGUCCCUUUACCUCCCCCCUCGACUCCGUUCAAGGACCCAAGCAAUCGUUCCAGGUGCGACAGAGGUUUACCUGCAUCUCUUCCAACCUCAUCUAUUGCGUCCGCUGCUCUAGACGUCAGCAGAUCUAUAUCGGUGAGACCAAGCGGAGGUUGGGCGAUCGUUUCGCCGAACACCUCCGCUCGGUCCGCAAUAACCAAGCUGACCUCCCGGUGGUUCAGCACUUCAACUCCCCCUCCCACUCCGUCUCCGACCUCUCUGUCCUGGGUCUCCUCCAUGGCCACAGCGAGCAGCUCCGGAAAUUGGAGGAACAGCACCUCAUAUUCCGUUUGGGGAGUCUGCAUCCUGGGGGCAUGAACAUCGAAUUCUCCCAAUUUUGUUAGUCCUUGCUGUCUCCUCCCCUUCCUCAGUCCCCCUGCUGUCUCCUCCCACCCCCCAGCCUUCGGGCUCCUCCUCCUUUUUCCUUUCUUGUCCACGCCCACCCCCGCCCCCGAUCAGUCUGAAGAAGGGGUUUGGCCCGAAACGUUGCCUAUUUCCUUCGCUCCAUAGAUGCUGCUGCACCCGCUGAGUUUCUCCAGCUUUUUUGUGUACCUUAAAUAUAUUGUACUGUCAGCUUGUAUCUCAGCUUGCUUUCUGGAACAGCUCUGCCCCAGUCCGCAUUUAGUUUAGUAUUUAGUAUAGAGAUACAACGCAGAAACAGGCCCUUCGGCCCACCGAGUCCGUGCCGACCAGCGAUCCCCGCACAUUAACACUAUGUCGAAACCCUACUGCUGCACCCAUCCUAAGGACACCUUGUCUUGUAUGUAGGGCAUCCAUAUGUGUGGUGACUCUACUUCAUUGUUCAACUUCUGUCAAGGAGAGGCUAUACUUCACCCUCGUUAGACCUCAUUUGGAACUCAGUUGCAGCAUGGGACCCAUAAACAAAUAAAAACAUGUCUUCCAUCGAACGUGUCCAAAGACAGGCAGCUCGAGAGAGAAGCGAGUGUCACCAAACUUCUGAAUUCUCUGGGGUGGAAGGAACCUUCUCCAAGACAGACACACGUGAAGCUCACCGUUUGACCUGUUUUUACAAAAUGUUAAAUGGUUAGCUCGACAUAGACUACAAGACCUACACCAAACCCAAACCAAUUAGGAGCAGACGAGGGCAUUCGAUCCAAUUUGUGAUCCCAGCUACAAAGACAGAUGUGUACAGCAAUUUGUUCUUCCCCCGCACAAUUAAAGCAUGGAAUAAUCUCCACCCAACUAUAGUUACCCAACCAGAUGCAACUACAUUUAAAGUAGCUCUUUCUUCCCAAUAACCCUUUCUGGCUUAAGCCCUCCCUUCACCACCUCCAGUUUAAAUUCCAUUUGGAAUAUUUUGGAGGACCAGGAAACCAAGAACCAAGAGCCAAGACCUUCCCUCAAUAGUGGUAAACGUUGAUUCUGCUUCAUGGGGAUGUUUAUGGUAGAUUCUAUUGUGCAUUGUGUACUUUUUUUAUUUGCAUGGCUGUAUGGAGACUUAAAUUUCACUGUCCCAAUUGGUGCAAGCGACAAUAAAAGUGAACUUGAACUC